AUGGCUCAUAUCUCUUACGUUCUGACUUUUCUUUUAUCAGUUCUUUUCCUUUUACUGCUUUGCCUAGCUCAAGAGGACAGGAGGCUGAAUAUUCCGAGAUGUCCACGUUUUCGCUGUGGUUUUCUUGGCAACAUAGGCUUCCCCUUCUCCAAUCGAACGCAUCGGGAAUGUGGGUUGCUGGUUGUAGAUAACUGCACUGAACCAUUUCCGAGGAUUCAGCUGGGGAAGAAGGGGCAAUGGUUCAAUAUCACGGGCAUCUCUCAGGAUAAUACAUUAGAGCUUCAAGACAAAAAUCCUAAAGAAGAGUUUCAAAAAUGUAGCAGAAAAUCCUUGGAAAACUUAACUCUUCCAAUCUCUCCUUUUCUCUCAUUUGAUGUGCCCCAUCAACAAGCAGCGUUCGAAUGCCCCCUCAAUUACACUAUCCCGAAAAAUUUCACUUCUGUCUGCAAUAAUUCCCAACACUUCGUUAUCGUUUGCAGGGGCCCAACAAAUUGUUUUCCAGGCUCGCUUCCUGGUUGUUCACAGCUUAAGUUACAAAUGAAAACUACUAAAACAAGUAUUGAAUAUUCUAAUUUGUUUACGGGCUUCUUUUCGGUGGAAGUGAAUGUGACUGAUGAAUGUUAUGAUUGCUUUUUGGCGGGAGGACAAUGCAAAACUGAUAGCAAUGGAAACUUUAAUUGUUCUGUGGCAGGAAGAACAAACUCCUCAGGUAUCACUACUUAUGGUGAAGUUCUAGGACUGAUUCCUGGUUGCCACAUAUCUUGCUUUUCGAUUUUACAUAAUGAUUUCUUUGUUGUUAUAUUUUACUUGGUAAAUUUCAUAGAUUUGAAUGAGGUGCAUUAG